AUGAAUAGUGUGUGCAUGAAUGAUGGACUAUUUCAUGGUGAUGUUGGUCUUAUGUCAUAUGCUCUCGCAUUGUUAUUUAAUUUAACAUUCGAAAUGAAAAUAUUUUAUCAUUUAAAAGAAAAACAAUUUUAUAAUAUAUGCGAUCAGAUAGUCUAUGCAAAGGAACGAAUAAUACAGUUUGCUUCACAUACACUAUCUGUAAUACUUAAACAAGAAUAUAUCGAUACAAUAAAUAGUCCAACAACAUUGGCACGUAACUAUAUAUUUUUUAUUGAACACACAAUCGAUGAAAUAUCAUUAACAUAUCAUGGAAUUACAUUAAACGGUGUAUUAACCAAUCUUGAAAGUAUGUGUAAAAUUUGA